AUGGUGGCUGAGACGAAGCUCUAUGAUGCUUUGAGCAUCAAGCCCAGUGCCACUCAAGAUGAGAUCAAGAAAGCCUAUCGCAAGGCUGCGCUCAAAUAUCACCCGGACAAGAACAAGGAUAAUCCUCAGGCAUCUGAGAAGUUCAAAGAUGUUUCCCAAGCCUAUGAAGUCCUCUCCGAUCCCGAGAAGCGCAAAGUCUACGACCAGUAUGGCCUGGAAUUUCUUCUUCGCGGCGGACCUCCUCCAUCUCCCAGUUCAGGCAGAGGGGGUGCCAGCCCCGGCGGCAUGCCUGGUGGCUUCUCGUUUGGUGGUAUGCCAAGCGGCGGCGGAGCACGAACAUUUCACUUCUCGACCGGCCCUGGUGGUAGCAGCGGAUUCCAGUUCAGUAAUGCCGACGACAUCUUCCGCGAGUUCGCCAAGGCUGGCGGUGGCGGCGGCGGCGGCGGCAUGGGUGGUCUUGACGAUGAUAUCUUCUCGAUGCUUGGCAGUGGUCUCGGGGGUGGACGCGGGGGUUUCCGCGGACGUCCCAGUAGUGGUUUCUCGCAGAAGCCGAACCGGGCCCCGACACCUGAACCGAUAGUGGCAGAGAAAGAACUGCCGUUGACCUUGGAGGAGAUUUUCAAAGGAACGACCAAGACAGUGCCCACGAAGAGCAAGACGUUUGAUGCCAGCGGUAAGCGCACCGUACAGGAAAUCCCACUGGAAGCGGUCAUCAAGCCCGGCAUGCGCGCCGGCACCAAGAUCAAGUACAAGAAUGUUGGGGACGGCGAAGAAGGCGGCCGACAGGAUAUUCACUUGAUCGUGAAAGUGAUAGAUCAUCCAGAGUUCAAGCGUGAGGGCGACAAUCUCGUGAAAACCGUCGACCUUAGUCUAAAGGAAGCUCUGACUGGUUGGGAGCGCAUUGUUCGCACCAUCGAUGGAAAAUCCAUCCGCGUCACCAAACCUGGUCCCACACGGCCUGGGCAUGAGGAACACUACCCUGGAUGGGGCAUGCCAAACUCUAAGAAGCCGACCGAACGGGGCGAGUUGGUCGUACGUGUGAAUGUCAUAUUUCCCACCAGCCUCCCUUCCGAGACCAAAGAAGUCCUCAAAGACAUCCUUCCCUAA